AUGGAAAACGCUGUAAGUGACAACGAGGGAAGGCUAGUUAACAUCAGUUGUAGGGCUACAGGAAAUCCAGACCCAGAUGUAAGGUGGAUCCAUAACGGAAAGGUGAAAAGUUCUGGUGCCAGAACAGCUGAGUUAAUCUUCGGAAAAGUCGGAAAAGAGGACACAGGAAUGUACAUAUGUGAAGCAAAUAACUCCUUUGGCCGCACAGAAAAACAGCUGUACUUUAAAGUCAACUGUGAGUACUUCCUGCAAUUGUUACGUUUCAUAGUGUUUUAUUUGUUAUGAUUUAUUGAAUUGACUCUCCUUGAAUUACUCAAAGUUUCAAGGGAAACAGUUUCAGGUGAGACUUAUCGAGCCACUUGUCAUAAAUUUCUGUUGGUAAAUGUGUUGUAUGAAUGAAAUUAUUAUACAUUCAAUCAGAGGGAGAGUAUAUGGAGAAUUGUGUAGAUCUUGUUGGGUGUAUAUCAUAUUCAGCCUCAUCCAUUAGCGCUUUGCACUAAUGACGUCACAAAUGUCUGGUCCCUGCCGUGACUGGUGACUCAGACAUUGAAGCUGACCGGUAUAAGAGUUUUGUAUGGGGAAGACACGUUCGCCAACAAAUUUCCGUCGUCUUUGAAGAUUUUUAUCGUUAAAAGAAGCAAAAUACAGCUCGGUUUUGAUAAUAUAUAUCUUAAUCAACGCGUCUCAAGACAACGUUAAACAUGGAAAAAAACUGUACAGAUGAGUGAAUUUAUUUCUUAUGCGGUGUCGUUGCUGUAGGUAAAAUUAUAUAUGUUACAGCAUUUUACUAAGAAAAGUGUGGAGAGCAGGGCUUCUGGCAAAGCUGUUCGUAUGAAACGGUGCAUUAGGUUAAAUUUAAAGGCAAAGAUUUCUCAAUUUUUUUAGUCGAGUGCUUAUGUUACGCUCCUUAGUACUACAGGAUCAUAUGGGAAGUACUGUAUUCGUCGCCGAUUCGUAUGGUAUCUACCUGGCCGCACAACAACGGAACAAAGUUGUAAAUUUCCGGUUUGUGCUAACAUUGGUGUGCUUUUCAGCUUACAUAUUCUGUGACAGGCUUGCGAGAAGCACAUAGAAACUCAAUUUUCUCUUUAGCAAUUUCUGUUUUGGAGUAUUACACGGCCAUGUCGUGUUUCAGUGCAUAGAGUUCUAUCUGACUAAGACAGAGCCAGGGAUCCGAUUUCAAAAGCCUUUUUUGAUCAAGUCGCUUUAUUUGCUGAUUUAAACCAUUUAUUUUAGUUACUUUGACCAGGUUUUGCUCCCUACAGCAGUGGUGCCUUUUAUAUAUUCGAAUAAAGCUAAAAAAAACAUUUUAAAAGCGCUCACUGCGAAUUUUAUGAACAAUUUUCAUGUCUGAAACGCAUGUUGCUCAUUCAAAGCCUUUGAAUACAAAGUUUGGUUGAGACUCGCGGGGGGUCUAAGGUGGCAAAACCUAUUUUUAGUAAUAGUGCAAAACGCUAUUAGCGCCAAAUAAUAACAUUAUUGUCACCAACAGUAAAAGUACCACGAUGAAAAAACGAAAAUCCGCUUGCCAUGGAAGUUUUGCUAUAGUCUUCGUGCUUCUUAAAGUGUAUGUAAAAGAUAGUCUUUUUGGGCGUUUCAUUGACUGGUUAUCGGCCAUGUGACACGUCACGUGACGUCAUCCUAAGUCGUAUGUACAAGUAAAGCUCCGUCUUACACCAUUCUGCCCGCACGCUUAAGAAUUGAUGAAUAAAUUUUAUCGAUGAGACAUUUCCAUUAUAUUUCUGAACCAUUUAAUAUAUAUUUGCCAUUGGCUGUUCACGAACUCGAUGGAGACAUCUUCAGUAUGCUGUGCUUUCCUUGCAUUGUUGUUACUUCCGCAUGCCGGUAGGUACUUUCUCUCUUUAUUUUCCUUAUGUGCUCAUUGAAUACGCUAAAAGCAGGUGGUGGUUAAAUAAGAAACAGUCAAGAGUAUUGAGGGUUUGUUCUGUAAUAUUUUAACUGUUUCUAUCAGCGCGUGGUCGGUUAGGUCGGUGCAUUAUUAAAAAUAUUAUUAAGGGUUUUCGCUUAUGUAACGUUGCAUCAUAAAUUUGCAAAACUUGAAUGCCAAACUCCCUGUCAUAACAACAUCGCUCGGUAAAAUCUGCCUAGAACUCUUUACACGUUCGACAUCAAUGUCUCUUUAGCUAAACUCAUUUUGAAACAGUCUGAGCUUGAUUGGGACCGCUUAGACAAUUAUAUCGAAACCAAAAUCUUCGUGUACCGCUGAAAGCGAUUUGUUAAAUGCUAAGGGUUACAAAUUUUCGUUACCCGGAGUAACGCAAAGUAACGAUAAUAACACUAAAGCGUCUUGAGCGAAAUAGUCAGCUUAGUAUAUUAUCCUCUACUGCAAUUCAUUUUCAGAGGUAAAGCUUACAACUGCACUUUUAUCAAUGAUAAAAUAUGGAAUAUCUUAUAUAAAUCUCUGUUUCUUAAUCUGCAGUGAAUUUAGGAGUUUAUUCUGUACAAAUUCCAAAUUUUUAACCUUUAAUUAAUAGGUCUUAACAUGUUGAAAUUACAGAAUGAAACUUUGAAAGUCAAUGUCAUCGUCCACUUUAAAACAGCUAAUGCUUAAUAUGUUCUGUACAUGUAAUAGAUCAGACGUUGGUGGUGCAAUUCAAGUCACCAUACCAAGGAAAAAUUGUGACAGGAGUGAUUGGUCAAUCUGUGACAUUUCAGUGGAAAUUUUCUGGUAGAGUUGAUGAG